AAGAGUUGCGAGUCGGCGAAACCGGCGGGAAGUUCGUAUUGAGCGGAAGGCAACGGGUCUGCAGCUCGGGAAAUCCUCUGAAAAGGAACAAGGAGAUUUGAGACACAUCGAUUUCAUAUUCUCUGAAACUCGGAGACUUCUUUUACUCUGAACCAGAAAAUAAGAGGGGCUGCCAAGUGCAGUGAAGGUAUAUACAUAGAAGAGGAAUUGUUGGGUCAGGUAGCAGCUGCUGCAGAACAGAUUUCAGAAUGGCUGAAGCACUGGCCCAUGUGUGAGAACUCCACUUGCUCCACCCCCUUACCAGCGCUCAGUGCGUCAGCCUCUCGGGCUUGAGAUCUUCACAGCUUCUAGGGGAUAGGUAAUUCCAAUGCUGUGUAAACUCUUUAUAUUGUGUGAAAAUGCCUCGUGUAAAAGCAGCUCAAGCUGGAAGACAGGGCCCUGCAAAGAGACGUCUUGCAGAACAUUUUGCAGCCGGGGAGAUAAUCACUGACAUGAACAAAAAGGAAUGGAAACUAGGAUCAUCCAUUGGCCAAGGUGGCUUUGGUUGUAUAUAUCUUGCUGAUGUGAAUUCUUCAAAAUCGGUGGGCAGCGAUGCACCCUGUGUUGUAAAAGUGGAACCCAGUGACAAUGGACCUCUUUUUACUGAAUUAAAGUUCUACCAGCGAGCUGCCAAACCAGAACAAAUUCAGAAAUGGAUUCGUACCCAUAAACUGAAGUACCUGGGUGUCCCUAAGUAUUGGGGGUCUGGUCUACAUGAAAAAAAUGGAAAAAGAGACGAACAAGGUGUUCUCUCUCGUCUGGGGGACUUGUACCGAGUGGAAGCAGCUGCCUGGAACCCAGCUGACAAUUACAGGUUUAUGAUAAUGGAUCGCUUUGGGAGUGACCUUCAGAAAAUAUAUGAAGCAAAUGCCAAAAGGUUUUCUCGGAAAACUGUCUUGCAGCUAAGCUUAAGAAUUCUGGAUAUUCUGGAAUAUAUUCACGAGCAUGAGUACGUACACGGAGAUAUCAAGGCCUCAAAUCUUCUUCUCAGCUACAAGAAUCCUGACCAGGUGUACUUGGUAGAUUAUGGCCUUGCUUAUCGGUACUGCCCAGAAGGAAUUCAUAAAGAAUACAAAGAAGACCCCAAAAGAUGUCACGAUGGCACGAUUGAAUUCACCAGCAUCGAUGCGCACAAUGGUGUGGCCCCAUCAAGACGUGGUGACCUGGAAAUCCUUGGUUAUUGCAUGAUCCAGUGGCUUAGUGGCCAUCUUCCUUGGGAGGAUAAUUUGAAAGAUCCCAACUAUGUUAGAGAUUCCAAAAUUAGAUACAGAGAAAAUAUUGCAGGUUUGAUGGACAAAUGUUUUCCUGAGAAGAACAAGCCAGAUGAAAUUGCUAAGUACAUGGAAACAGUGAAAUUACUGGAUUAUGCUGAAAAACCUCUUUAUCAAAAGUUACGAGAUAUUCUUUUGCAAGGACUGAAAGCUAUAGGAAGUAAGGAUGACAGCAAGCUGGACCUCAGUGUUGUGGAGAAUGGAAGUUUGAAAGCAAAAACAAUAACAAAGAAGAGAAAGAAAGAAAUAGAGCAGAGCACACAACCUGGUGUCGAAGAUAUGGAAUGCUCAGAUACACAGACAGAAGAGGCCACACAAACCCGUUCAAGAACCAGGAAGAGAGUCCAGAAGUAAAUCAAAUACUGUGAACCAGUUUUUCUUUUCUUCCUUUCAUUUGACUCUUUCCUUCUUUCAUUUGACUUUUCCUCUUUUUCUGUAUUAAGUGUUUUAUUUUCAUGUGAGUCUUGUGGAGUGGGGGAAACAAUGAAGUACCUAUGUCUUUGAAAAGCAGACUUUUUUUUAUUAAAUACUUUGUAGAAUUUACUAAAGCCUAAUUUAUAAAAUUUCACAGUAUUAAGGUUAUACCCUUGAAGCUGUCCCAUGCUGUGUGUUUGAGGUUCUGGGGUACAUAUAAGAAAUAUUACUAUGACAUGCACUUUUCUAAUCGUUGUAUAUUUCCUUCAGUGCAUAAAAUGUUUGGCAAAAUCCUUUUAAGGAAAUACACAACUUAAAAUAAAGGUCUCUUUUUGCUUGAUACAAAUUUGUUGUGGGCAUAAGAUUUGUUUUGUAUUGAUCUUGCUCAGUUCCACAAGCAUUUGUUAAGCACCUGGUCUAGGAAAUGAGAGGUACAAAGAAGAGAAAAGAUUAUGAAAGAAGAAAUGGAGUAGUAAGUUUAUCUGUGAGAGAUGAAAUACAUGUAUUUGAAAGAUUACUUGAGAAUUAUGUAAGUAUGCAAGCUGUAUGG